UUUGAACAUAUAUCUUACUUGAACAACAUUUAACUUCAACUACACAUACGUUCUUCCUAUCAAUACAUACGGCCGUACAGAUAUUUAGAUUUUUAAGUGAUAAUUUUCUGCAAAGUGAGAGGUUAGGUACAAUUAGUAUCAUAUAUUUCAUAAUAUUUCAUCGAAGUUUUCUAUUGCACACAGAUACUAUAACAAUUAAUGUUCUAUUAAUCGCAGAUAAUAUUUAUAUAUAUGUAUAUAUAUUAAUCAAACGUAAACUUUUUAAAAUAUAACAAAAAAUAUGAAUUCAUUUCAAAGUAGACGCCGUAAGCCUAUUUUGCAAUUAGAAUCAAAGAGGCGAGCGAGGAUUCUGUUACAAAUGAGGCGAUUUUAUCAAACAAGAUGUAACGAUGAACAGCAGCGUAAUUCCAGACAACAAUUAAUGUCGUUGGUAGACAUAACAGACGGAAAUAGUCUUGCUAGUAAUAAUGAAACUAAUAAUGAGACAAUAUCUUCUGUCGAGUUAAAUAUGAAUGAAAACGUUUCUGAUGACUUAACGCAUGUCGAAAGUGAGCAAAAUCUUGAAGUCAAUGACGUACCAAUCGUAGACAAUAAUUGUAGUAGUACAAUCAGUAAUAAUGAUGUAUUUUUGUACACUGUAAAUAGGGUAUUUCAAAAAUCUUUAGCGUCAGCGUUUAUAAAAUGUAAUUUGACUCAUUCACAAGGAAAUAUAAUUUUAAAUAUAUUACGAUCACAUAAAUGUCAUACGUUUCUACCAAAAGAUACAAGAUCAUUACUUAACACGCCGCGUGACAAAACUGCAGUUCGUUCAAUAUAUCCAGGACAAUAUCUUCAUAUUGGUUUCGAAACAAGCAUUAAUAACAUUCUCAAGAAAACUUCACCGAAUCAAAUUCCUUCCGUUCUUGAAAUAGACUGGAGUACCGAUGGCGCAAAGGUAAACAAAUGUGGGACAAUGCAAAUUUGGCCUAUCCAAAUUUCAAUAAGUAAUAUAAGUUACAGCAAACCUGAAGUAGUAGGUAUCUAUAUAGGGAAAAAAAAGCCAGGUGACAUUAAUUUAUUUAUGGAUGAAUUUGUAACUGAUGUAUUGCAAGUUCUUGAAAGAGGCAGUAUAAUAUUUAAUUAUCAACAAAUCCCCAUUACACUAAGAGCAUUCAUCGCAGAUGCUCCAGCUCGUUCUUGGUUAUUGAAUCAUUAUGGGCAUACAUUGAGUCAUGCAUGCGGAAAAUGUAAAGUUGUCGGUGUACGAUAUGAACAACGAAUGAUCUUUUUAGGUACAAAUCAUCGUUUAAGAACAGAUGAGGAGUAUAUUCGGAUAACAGACCGCGAUCAUCAUAAAGGGACAAGUCCUUUAUCCCGAUUACCUAUGGAAAUGGUGACACAAGUUCCCGUAGACUAUAUGCACUUAGUGUGUAUAGGAGUUGUGAAAAAAUUAUUAACCGCGUGGAUUACAGGAAAAUAUGGUAAAAAAGCAAAAUUAUCAGGUCGAAACAUAGACGUAGUAUCAAAACGGCUUGAACUUCUUUCCCAUUAUUGUCCACGGGACUUUGCCAGAAAACCCAGGUCAUUGAGCGAUUAUUCAGAUUAUAAAGCCACAGAGGGACGACAAUUCAUUUUAUAUACUGGACCUGUAGUAAUGCUUGGUAUUAUGGAAAAGCAAACGUAUACUCAUUUCUUAUUUCUACAUUCAGCAAUUCGUAUGCUUUGCAGUAACACAUUUUCGAAUAUGUCUUUAUUACAACGUGCAGAAGUAGCACUUAAAAAAUUUAUUGAAAAAUGCCAAUUUUUCUAUAAACUUACUUUUAUGUCUUAUAAUGUGCAUGCUUUACUACACCUGGUGACAGAUGUAAAACGCUUUGGUCCGUUAGACAGUUUUUCCGCUUUUAAAUAUGAAAAUAAUAUGCAAUUUUUUAGACGCUCGUAUAGAAAACCCCAUCAGGCUUUACAGCAAUUUGCCCUCAGACAGGCAGAAAUAAAUAAUCGUAAGAAAGAGCUUUGUUCCACGUCCACCAAUGUAACAGUUACACAAGUGUUUGAUAGGCAUAGCGAAGGUCCUCUUCCAUUAGAACUUUUACCUACACAUUGUCGACAGUACACAAAAAUACAAAUCGAAAGUAUGUUUUUUAAUGUUACUUCACUUGGCGACAAAUGUUGUAUUUUAAAAGAUUCUUUAGUAUGUGUAAUUGAAAACAUACUAGAAAUAAAUGAAACAUACCAUUUUGUGAUAAAGAAAUUCGAAAUUGUGGAAGAUUUUUAUGAUGUUGGCAUUUUAUCAUCAUCAUUAGAUAUUUACAAAUGUUCUGCAUUAUCAAGCGAUCUUUAUGUGAUAUCUAUUACUGAAGUGCAAGCAAAAUGUUACAUGAUGUUAUCUUGGAAAGUCAUUGAUGACGAAGGCUCUGAUUCUAGCAGUGAUUCCGAAACAGAUAAGCCAGUUGAUGGGGAAUACAUCGUAUCAGUUCUUUUAUAGAAACUAUUAUAAUACAUCUACAGUAACAAGAAAACACUAAAAGGGAUAAUCGGAAGUAAAAGAGCAAAAACAUAAAUACAUGCACAACUUAAUAUUAAACAAAAGUAAUGAAUGAAUGUUUCCUGAAAAUAACUCUAAUUGUACAUAAAACUUGUAUGUAUCUUGUAACAUUAUUCGUAAAAUUGUACUUGUUCCACUUUUGCAUUUUUCCUUCUGCAUUAUAUAUUUUUUAUUAGCACAAGAAUUAUAUGACAAAUUUAAUAUAAUUAAAAUUAAAUAAGGGUAAGAUACGUCUAUGUAUUGGUUAAAUGUAUGGCCUAUUGCACAUGAAAUGUAUAAACCAAAAUAUAAGACCACUGGACCAAUGAGCAUCUAGUAUACAUUAAGUCACUAUAUUUGAUUUACACAAGAUUCUAAUGGGCUUAUCCAGAUAAACUUGCAUAGCUACGUAACUAUUAUAUAUACAUAAGGAAAUUGAUUGGAUCUAUUUCUUUAUGCAUUUGCCAAUCUAUUUCCUUUUAUGCAUAUGGUUAUGCAACUAUGCAAGUUUGUGUGGAUAGGCCCUUAUUAGUAUGUUUAUGCUACACUAUGUAUUUUAUGUGCAAUAAAGCUAUAUCCACACAAACUUGCAUAAGCCCAUAAGCAUAUGCACAAUCAUAAGCAUAAUAAGGAUCAAUUCAGACGAAGUUUGCAUAGCUGCAUAACCAUAUGCAUAAAGAAAUGAACCAAUCAUAUCUAAUAAGAAAAGUGCUACACAAAUGUAUCUUUAUAUGUGUACGCAUAUGCAGUGUCGUAAAAAAACGUUCAAUCGUCAUUGUAGAAUAAAUAUUAUCAAAUUGACAUAUAUAUAUUCCGUGGAUUUGUAAUAUUAUAUUGUGCAAUCCGUGUUACUCGACAUAUCCUCUGAAAAAUCUAAAAAUUGAAAUAUGGAAGCUGAAGAAUUAUGUGCUUUGUCAUGUUUGAGUUAUAUGUUAUACAGACGUCGUCGAUAUCGUCUAUUAAAAAAACAUAAGAGAAGAUGGUGGUGUCGUCCAAUUAAUACAUUAAGAUUUUAUCAAGGAGAUUUUGACCACCUCUUUCAAAAAUUGAAACAAGAUUCAGAUAUGUUUUUUAAAUAUACACGAAUGAAUGAAGAUACUUUUAAUUUAUUAUUAAGCAAGAUUGUAUCAUAUUUAAAAAAAUCUAAUUGGCGAGCCUUGUCUCCAGAGCAGCGUUUGAUUAUUACACUCAGGUUUCUUGCAACAGGUGACCAAAUGACAUCAAUAGCAUUAGCAUAUCGCAUUGGAUUAUCAACUGCUCAUUCCGUAGUUAAGGAAACAUGCGAAAUAAUUUCAAACGUACUUAGUACUGAAUAUCUUAAUCCACCAACAUUGAAUGAGUGGAAAAAUAUAAGCACGGGCUUUUGGCAACGGUGGAAUUUUCCAAACACAAUUGGUGCAAUGGAUGGAAAGCACAUCCAGAUACAAGCACCACCAAAAUCUGGGAGCUUAUAUUUUAAUUAUAAGAAGACUUUUAGCUUAGUACUCAUGGCUAUAUGUGAUCGAAUAAAUAUUGUAUCCAGUACUAUUUUUACUUUUUUAUUUCUGUAUCAAAAGUACAAAAAUAUACAUAUCUAUGUGCUGAAUUACAUAUAUAAUUAAUGUAAAACAAGUGGCAACAAUGCAUAUAAAUUAAUAUCACUUUUACUUUGGUUUUGAUUAUAAUGAAAUGUAAAAAUUUUAAUACAUUUGAACAAAAUAAUAUUUGUUAUCAUAGAACACGUUAAUACGUCUUAAAGUUAUAAAUAAAAGUUUAUUUUCAAGCAAACAAAAAUUUUAUGCUUAUUUUAUUUGUAAUAGAAAAUAAAAUUAAAAAGAAAAUAAACUAAAAAAACUUCAAAUAAACAAAACGUUUAACAUAAGUCUUUUAGUGCACAGCAACUUAUAAAGCAUAAAAACAACAAAUUAAAUAUUAUCCGCAGACAAAAUUAUGUAGUAACUAAAAAAAAAAAAAAAAA